CACUCUCGAGCACCUGCGGUCAUUCGUUUUCCACCAUGCUUUGGAUGAAGUUAGAAUUUCUCAGCGCGCUUUGCGCAAUACUCGUUUCAAUCAAUCUCGCAACAGCAGAUCCUAACGAAUGUGAACUCCCUCCUGGACUACGGGAAGAAAUCGCUCAAUAUCAGCCGGUAGUGGAUUCGAUCUUCCAGCACAUCGUUUCUGGUGAGUAUGCGGGCAAGACUUGGCAGAGUUUGCUGGAGUUUACGGAUCGGUUUGGACCACGGCUCACUGGAUCGAAGCAAUUGGAGGAUGCGAUCGACUUCGCUGUGCAGGAAAUGAUCGCAGAAGGACUCGACAAUGUGCAUACCGAGGAAGCCAUCGUAUCACACUGGCAACGCGGACGAGAAUGGGCAGAGCUGGUAGAACCAUUCCAGAAGAAAUUACCCAUGCUGGGACUUGGAAAAUCAGUUGGAACUGCACCAGAAGGCAUCCGGGCAGAAGUGAUCGCGGUGGAAUCGUUUGAAGAGUUUGAAAACUUCACUGCAGACCAAGUGGAGGGAAAAAUUGUAGUUUUUGCUCCAGCAUGGGUUGGCUAUGGACCGACUGGUCGGUAUCGAUAUGACUCUCCCUCAGUGGCGGCAAAGAAAGGCGCUGCAGCAGUGCUGAUACGUUCGAUGACUCCUUUCUCUAUCGGAACGCCUCACACUGGAACGCUUUCAUAUGAUCCGGAAGUGCGCCGUAUUCCUGCUGCAGCUAUAACGGUAGAAGAUGCCAUGUUGCUCUUGCGCAAGUACCGACGAGGAGAUAAGAUGGUAAUUCAUCUGAAAAUGGAUGCCAUGAAUCUCGAUCCAACGAUAUCGCGAAACACGAUUGGCGAGCUAGAGGGCCAUACCUUCAACAACACCUCCGUAGUGGUCUUAUCCGGUCACAUGGACAGCUGGGACGUGGGUACUGGUGCUUCGGAUGAUGCUGGUGGCGUAUUUGUCUCUUGGAAAGCUGUGACAUUCCUGAAAGCGAUGGGACUUAGGCCACGACGCACUAUUCGAGCCAUUUACUGGACGGCGGAGGAACAGUACUUGGAAGGAGCGAGUGAAUAUGAAAGACAGCAUUCCGACGGUGAGAAGGACGAGUUCAACGUGUUCUUCGAGUCAGAUUCUGGAACAUUUGAACCCACUGGUCUCGACUUCUCCGGCAACAGUGAUGCUCAGUGUAUUUUUGCUGAAAUUGCUAAAUUGAUGACUGGCUACGACGAAUUCACAUUCACCGAAGGAUCUGUCGGAUCAGACAUCGGAAAUUGGGUUAGAAGGGGAUUUCCAGGCGUUUCAUUGCGAAACAAGAAUGAAAACUACUUUUGGUAUCACCACACUGAGGGGGACACGAUCGAGUUGGAAGACCCAGCGGCUUUGGAUAGAAUAACUGCGCUUUGGGCGGCUACUGCUUACGUGAUCGCCGACCUGAGCAUCGAUAUUCCGAAAAAUGUCACUAGUUACGGCUUCCAAUAACCAGAAAUAACGAAAUUUAUUGUUGAGAUUGACAAACCAGUUCCGGAUGUUAAAAUUUCGAACAAAAAUGCCAUUGCCUUCAGCAUCACAGCAACUGUCGAGGUAAAUAAACUAUGGACGGCUGAUCGAAAAGAA